AAUUAAUAUUUUUAAAAAAAAAAGAUAAUUAAUCUACACCACCAACAGUCCCAUAGUCACCACCAAAACCUGUGAAUUGAUUAAUGAUUACUGAGUCGGAUUUAAAAAUUAUGUUAAAGAUUUUCAUCGAUUAAAAAAAAAAGAAAAAGAAAAGAAAAAAAUAGCUUCCUUUCUGCGGCAUGUCUUGAUAUUUCGAUGCCUUAGGGUCCGAUCUCGAACGAUAUCUGAAGAUGUCUCCCUCUAUGCUUUCAUCUUUGUUAUCCAUAACAUGUUUAUCUCCCUCUUUCUUUCUCUCUCACUCUCUCAUCAGUCCCUCUAUCCAAAGUAUUUCUUGUUUCUUUUCUCUUAGUACUGGUUCGCCAUUAAUUUGGAGUGUUCAAGUUGUCGUCCGAUACUUGAUUUCCCAUUCUAGAGAUGGCAACCAAUCCAACCAAGAAACCAUCUGAUCAUCAACGACUCGAAGCUGCAGAUGCAAAAAGGAAAAGGAAACAGGAAAUCGACAAGAAGUCUCGUGAAAAGAAAAAGAAUAAGCAGGAUAACAAUGAGGCGCAGUUGAAAACUCUUCAAGAUGAGUGCAACUACUACAAAGGACAAGUAGAUCUUUGUAAGUCAAUGAUGAAACCUUUAUUGGAUGAUACAUGUCAGAUCGGAAAAUUUGUUCAGGAGCUUGGAGAAAGUAGAGGGCACGCCAGAGACACUGUUGAGAAACAGACUGGAAUGGUGAAUGAGUGUUGGGAUAUAAUAAAGCGCAAGAAUAUUACGCAGCCACUCCCUGGUGGAAGCAGCAGCAUAUCUACCUCAACAGACAAGGAUGCUUACCCACCACUUGAGCUAUCUGUUGCAGCCAUUAAGUCAGAUGGAUCAGUAACGUCAGAGUCAUUCAAACCGUGCCAAUCACUCCCCGAGGAGUGGACCCCGCUGCAGGCAACGGGGGAACAAGAGCGGCUGAUACGGGCCUUCUUUGGGCUCAGGGAGCAUUAUACGGCCACAACUGUACGCCAUGCACGGGAGAUAGCAGACCGUGACCGAGAGCUGAUAUCCUUGAAGGAGGAGCUUGCGGGUGCUCAGGACAUGCCUUAUUCGAACUUAUUCAAAGAACAAGAGCCACCAACAUUAUAGAAGAGAGGUGCUGUCGAUUGGGUGCUGGAGGAGAAGGAAACGCCAAGAAGCUUUAGGGAAGUAAGGGAAGUAAUCAGCAGGGAAUGAGGUGUUUGGUAUUGUAAUAAUUGUUAUGGUUAUGGUUUGAAAAAAGUUAUUUUAUAAAAAA